AUGGAUGACCAGACCCGCAGCGUGAUCCCGUCGCCUUCGUCCUCCAGGCACAGGGGCAGCAACGAGACUGACCGCCGGGGUUAUGCCGUGGUGGAGAAGGGCAUCAUGACUGUGGAAAACAUGCUGGAGGAAUCCGCCGUGCUCUCGGCGCCUCACCUGUCCGUGGAUAGAUUUGAGCGCGGUCGCCAAGGAUGCUGCGAGAGGGUCGUUAUCAACAUUUCAGGUUUACGCUUCGAGACGCAACUUAAAACUUUCAACCAGUUCCCAGACACGCUGCUGGGGGACCCCAGGAAAAGAAUGCGCUACUUUGACCCACUGAGGAACGAGUACUUCUUCGACAGGAACAGACCCAGCUUUGAUGCCAUCCUGUACUACUACCAGUCAGGGGGUCGCUUACGGAGACCUGUUAACGUCCCCAUUGAUAUUUUCUCCGAGGAAAUUAGGUUUUAUCAACUCGGGGAGGAAGCAAUGGAGAAAUUCCGUGAUGAUGAAGGCUUUAUAAAAGAAGAGGAGCGCGUACUGCCCAAACAUGACUUCCAAAAGCAGGUUUGGCUUUUGUUUGAGUAUCCUGAAAGCUCCGGACCAGCGAGGGGGAUAGCCAUCGUUUCAGUGCUUGUCAUUUUGAUUUCAAUUGUCAUUUUUUGCAUGGAGACUCUGCCGGAAUUUCGGGAUGACAGAGACCCAGCCACAGUGGCACCCACGGUCAAUGGCACGGCGCCUUUUGUGCCAAACCCCUUCACAGACCCAUUCUUUGUGAUAGAGACCCUCUGUAUCAUAUGGUUCUCUUUCGAGUUGCUGGUCAGGUUUUUCGCCUGCCCCAGCAAAACAACCUUCUCCAAAAACAUCAUGAAUAUCAUUGACAUUGUCGCCAUAAUCCCCUACUUUAUCACUUUGGGGACAGAGCUGGCCCAGAAGGAAAACAACAGUGGCCAGCAGGCGAUGUCCCUCGCCAUCCUGAGGGUGAUCAGACUGGUGAGGGUCUUUCGCAUUUUUAAGCUCUCACGACACUCAAAGGGACUUCAGAUUUUGGGACAGACCCUUAAGGCCAGCAUGAGGGAGCUGGGCUUGCUCAUAUUUUUUCUUUUCAUCGGAGUUAUUCUCUUCUCCAGCGCGGUUUACUUUGCAGAAGCAGACGACCCCACUUCCAGCUUCACCAGCAUCCCGGACGCGUUUUGGUGGGCAGUGGUCACCAUGACCACAGUUGGAUACGGAGACAUGCACCCGGUGACCAUCGGUGGGAAAAUAGUGGGGUCUCUAUGCGCAAUAGCUGGCGUGCUGACCAUUGCCUUACCAGUGCCAGUGAUUGUGUCCAAUUUUAACUAUUUUUACCACAGGGAGACUGACGGAGAGGAUCAGCCACAUUACGCACACAUAGUCAGCUGUGAGCACCUCCCCUCUGAGGAGCUGAGGAGGUCGUCCAGCUCCUCAUCCCUGAGCAAGUCAGAGUAUAUGGUGAUAGAGGAGGGCAUCAACAGUGCGUUCAAGCAGCCCAACUUCACCACCGAGAACAACCAGAACUGCGUGAACAUCAAAAAGAUUUUCACAGACGUGUAA